AUGUCAGCCUUCAAUAAGGAGAUACAUCUCCUGUUCGUGGAUCUGAAGAAGGCAUACGAUAGCAUACCGCUAACAAAACUUUGGGAGGCAUUAGACAAGACAAACCUAAGCGUCAACAUAAUAAGAUCAGUAAAGAACUAUAUAGAAACUGUGACAUUAAAGUCAAGGUCGGCCAAAAAAUAUCCAAUGGAUUUACACCCAACAAGGGACUCGAACAAGAUAUAUCUUGAACAAGCGUUAAGGAUAUGGAAGCAAAAAUGCAGAAAUAUGGGCAUUCCCCUCAACAAUGCAAACAUAUACACCCUAAGCUUCGCAGAUGACCAAGUCAUAAUGGCGCAAGACUACGAUGAUGUAGAAUACAUGAUGCGAAAACUGAUCGAAGAAUACAAGAAAUGGGGGUUGGAAGUGAACUUACCAAAGACAAAGUAUAUGUGUAUCGGUGGAGCACAACGCGACCUCCUCUUAGAGGAUGGUCAGGCUAUCAAAAGCUGCGAAACCUACAAAGACCUGGGAAUGUACAUAUCCAGCAGUGGGACGUUAGACUACGUCUUCAAAGAACGAAAUAAUCAAUGCAGAAAUGAAAUUACUAUGUUGAACACCUUCUUGUUGGACCAAAAAAUCACGAGACGGAACAAACACCUAAUAUACAAUACGAUCAUUAAAAGCAUAGUCACAUACAGCAGUGAAGUCUGGCCACUAAAAGAAAGAACCAUGAGAACGCUGGAGGCAACAGAGAUGGACUUUUGGAGAAGAGCGGCAGGAAGUUUUGAGUUAAAGUGGUACGGUCACGUCCAAAGAAUGGAAAAAAUGACAAAUACUCACCUGGACACCUACAGGACGAAGGAAGAGGGGAAGACCGAGAAAGAGCUGGAGAGAGGGCAUCGAUAG